CAGUUACCAUACCAGGCAGUGAUGCAACCACUCGACUCUAUUCUCGAUGAGAAUAGUGGCAUGCUCGUCCUCUUUUUCCUGCAGUCCACAAUCAUCUCCUUUGUCUUGAGAGAUCAUAAUGAAUAACAUCAAAGGGGACAGGAGGGACCUGAUCCUAGAUCAGCACUCUUACUCUGAUGCUUCAUGAAUAGUUUACAGGCCCUGGUCCAAGAUAACGAACUGCCAGCAGGUGUAUGUGUAACAGGUGUCACUGUUGUAUCCUAAUAGUGUGUUUCUAAUUUUAAUCCUCCACAUCCUGGGUGCGAAAAAAUGUAGGCCCUCUUUGGUGGUCAGUGCUCAGCUCCCCCGCGACCAAAACGCGCGUGACCACAGAUCAUUGUUGUUUCUACGGGUGACUAUAAAGUCCAAACAUGUUCCUGUUUGCCAUCAAACGGCGAUUUUACUAACGGGUUGUUUUCGUUCUUGCCGCAGAGCGCAUCAAGUGGUUAAUGUCAGGUGGUCUGACCCACCGUCGCUAUUAUAAUUGAGAGCUUUUCCAAAAAUGACGGAUGCAGAAAUAACGUUUUUACCGGUGGGGCAGGAUAAUGAGAGAUUCGGAAGUAACCUGCUCGACAAUAAAAAGCUGACCCGCCUAUACUGCAUGAAUGGCGGACAUCAUCUGCAGAUUCUCCCGGAUGGGACCGUGGAAGCGGUCCUGCGGGUGAAAUCUGUGGACCGUGGUGUGGUUGUCAUCCAGGGGACAGAGGCAGGACGCUACUUGGCCAUGAGCAGUGAAGGAAAGCUCUACAGUUCAUCCACAGUAACUGAUCAGUGUUAUUUCCUGGAGAAGAUUGAGGUGAACCACUACAACACCUACCAGGCCCAGAAGUACCAAGACAGGAGUUGGUACGUAGGACUGAAGAAGAACGGGAAACCCAAACUGGGCUCCAGAACCCACAUAGGGCAGAAGGCCAUCUUCUUCUUGCCACGGCGAUUGGAGGGCACAGGGGAGUGAAGGGUGUAAAGCCAGGGGUGGAUCUGAAAUGGCCAAAUGUAGUACACUAUAUUGGGAAUAGGGUGCCAUUUCAGACACAUCCAUUCCAAGGUGCUCAGUGGGAAAUUGCAGGCAAACAGACAGGCUAAUCAAACAGUAUUUUACAUGUAAACUAAGUACUGAAGCUUGUGUUACAGGUUAUAACAGCAGUUAUGCUUUCGCCGUACCUGUUAUAGAUGCUGUCAUCUGUAUAAACUAUUAUAAGCUAUGUGAUGGACAUCUGACUGGUAGAAUCAUGCUAAAACUCAACCAAAUUAAGCAUUCCACUCCACACUAUAACUGCAAUCUACUUUAUGCUGCUAACUAGACAUCUAGAAUGUAUAUCUUUGUUGAUGACUGUUGCCCACUGUAGCUCAGUUGGUAGAGCAGGGUGUUUGCAAUGCCAGGAUAGCGGGUUCGAUUCCUGGGACCAGCCGGACUUUAAAAUUUAUGCACACAUUACUGUCAUUCUUUUUAGAUAAGUGUCUGCCAAAUGGCAUAUAUUUAAAUGUAAUAUUGAAUCAUGACAACACCAAUGAUAUGUAGCCUAUAUAUGGAAAUAUGAGUAGUGUAUCUCACCAGGCAAUUGUUAUAGAAAGCUGAUGGAAAAUAUCACAUAAUGUACAUUGAAAACCAUUUUUUAAACCUAUGGGAACUGUAGCAGUUGGUGUCGUCAUUGUGUCUUUCAACCACAAGGUGUCAGUGCUGCACAACAUUUUACAAAAAGCCUUAAAUCUCUGGCAAAGCCUGCACACAAAACCUGGACCAGAGAUCAAUCUUGCUUUUGAAAGUGACAUUUAUUAGACAUGAAGCUUUUUUACAGUUUAAAACGAUAUCUCAUAAUAAAAUCCCAAGGAUGCGGCUGUACUAUUUCACACAGAGGAUCAGAGAGAUGUGUGUCUAAGGACUGGGUUUGGAUUGUAGCUGUGCUGUACUAUUUCACACAGAGGAUCAGAGAGAUGUGUGUCUAAGGACUGGGUUUGGAUUGUAGCUGUGCUGUACCAGUCCACAUUAAGGGCUAAGCAAGAAAUCUAAACAACUGGUUUAAAACAGACUGGCUGGCAUACAGGGGGAUGCAACAGAGCAUGUCUGAGAUCAUUUACAGUUAACAAUAUGCCAACAAUUUCCUAAAGAGAAAGAUCGACGAGUACAAUUGCUCGUCUUCUUACUAAAUCGAAUUAGUACGGUCAUAGACCAGUCAUAAAUUGCCAUUUCACCCUUAUGAAAGCUGUAUACUCACUGAAUAACUACAGGUACUACCAUUUGGUUGUGUAUUGUUGAUUUCAUUGGGAGGAACUCCCUGGCGUUUUAUUAUAACGUUUCUAAAAAGUGCACCUGCUUACAUUCUCUGAUAGCAUUAUAGUUUUUCCAUACGUAAUGGUUAUUUUUCUACACAAAACUCUAUGAGUUGUACAACAAAAAGACACUUUGGACAAAAAUCUUUACCUUAAGAUGUGCACAUAGGAUACCUUAUGUUUGAGGUAGGUGUGCAUAUAAAAAGGUAGGAUUAUGUCUUAUAGGAAUAAUUCAUGACAAAUUUUUAGCAACGAACUCUGCCCUCUACUGGCCAGAAAUAAGGGCGAUGCUUCAUAGAUGAAGC